GUAGUUAGCGGUAACGAAUAGACGCGUCGUCUUCGUUCUUAGUAAUUCUCUCUCUCUCUCUCUCUCUCUCUCUCUCGCUCUUUCUAAAGCAGAGAGAUUGCACGUAAACAAAUGCUUAAUCUCUCACAAGGAAAGCCCGAUUGGCUGCAAAGAAGUUAGAGAAGUUGCUCGCACGAUCGCUGAGGCCAAAAGAGAAUCAAAGAGAGAGAAAGCGAAAGCAAAGCAAAGCGUGAAAGAAAGAAGAGGGAGAGGCUAGCUUCUGGACGUUUUUAUUUUUUUGCUCAGAAUCACAUUUGAUUCACCAUAAUACCAGAUCAAGUUUUGUUGAGGACAUUUUCAUUGUACCUAACUAAUUUGGGUCAAUGGCUGAGGAGAACACUGAUGCAUCACUGACUCCUGAAAUAAUCUCACAAGAUGGAGGCAAUUCAAGUAGAAAGUCUUUGGGAAAAUCAAGUGCUCCAAAUGUUGGGCAUGAUAAGUCCAAUGAUCAUCGCAGGGCUUCUACUGGUUCCUACCAUUAUGGAGUCAAUUCAAGAAGAAACUCUACAGGAAAAGCGGCUUUUCCUAACAAGGAGGAAAAAAAUAUGCCUGAUCAUAUCAGAGCUUCUGCUGGUUCUUUCCAUAUCAUGGCUAAUUCAGAAAAUUCUACUGGGAAACCAAAUUCUCCAAACAGUGGAAGCAGUGUUCUCCCACAUUAUCUCAGAGCUUCUACUGGUUCAUGCCAUGAUUUUUGCAAAUAUGGAAUAAAGCAUGAAGUUGUAGCAAAGGCAAGGCACCCCAUACCAAAGAGAUUAGUUCCUCCAUCAGACAGGCAGCAGUUAACAGAAUCUAGAGUUCCAGUGCAAAGGAAAGCGACAUCAAUGCUUAAGGCCAAGCCUUCUCCUGUCUCCAGAGUCCUCACUCCUGAUUCCCCCAGUGUUCUUAAGCAGGAAGUUUCAUCACCAUCAAAUAAAGUUGAAGUUUCUUCAAGAUUAGCUUCAUCAAGUAAGAAGAAAAUGGCACAUGUUGAGAAUAAAAAGAAUAUUUCAGGAGAACGUACUCCUGUCAAACCAAAAACAAUGACGGUGAAGCCAUCAUGUUCCCCUGGUACUAAAGGAGGUCUGAAUGGAAGAAAUAGUGAAAUCAAGAGGGGCAAAAAGACAGGGACUUCUAAAGCAUCAGUGGAAAAAGCACUUGCAGACCCACCAGCUUCACUCUCCCCCAAACCUUCCAUCAGCAGAGUUAUGAGCUUAAAUGUCAAGAAACACAAAAAUGUGAAAGUUUUGUCUCCUCUGAAGGAUCAGAACGGGAUCAGAAAAGCUGAACAGAAACUGCCAAACAAUGAGAAAGUUGUGGAGAAAACCUUGCAUGUUGUCAAAGUUGAAACUGAAAACAAAGUUCUGGAGUCUGUACAGAAUGGUAAUACUCUGCAUUCUCCUCCAUCUUUAACACAGUCAUCACCAAAGUUCUCAUCCCCACCAAAGUCUCCAGCUUUAUCAUUUCAUGAGGAAGGGCCUGUGGUGGAGUAUGAGCAUGCGGAUAGCGAAGUAAAUGAAACUUAUGAAUCCAUCUCAGAGAGCAGUGAAGGUGUAAGCUUGCAUGAGGUAGACACUUCGGUUGGGAAUUGCAAUAGGAUACCCGGAGAGGCUAGGUUUGGUCUUUCUUCUGAUAAUGAUUCCACACCUGUGAAAUUGAAGUUCAAGAGGGGAAAGGUGGUUGACCUUCAGUCUGAGAAUAGUGGUCCUAGGAGGCUCAGAUUCAGGCGAGGAAGAGUUUUAGGGGAAAACCAGGGUAGCAAGGCUGGUAACCGAAGGAGAAACUUUAAAAAGAGAGUUGAUGAUGACACAAACCAAAUUACUGCUAAUUCUGAAAAAGUUGCUUUAAGGCAUCAAGAUGUCCAGGGGAAGAAAGAUGCUCAGGGUUUGUUCAAUAAUGUAAUUGAAGAGACGGCAAGUAAGCUCGUGGAAAGUAGGAAGAGUAAAGUUAAGGCCUUGGUUGGUGCUUUUGAAACAGUUAUCUCUCUGCAAGAUACUAAACCUUCAGUGCAAACUGUCACUUGAUGAAGAUGUUCUGUUUCAUUGCUCUGGUUUUGUAAAGAAAUCAUAGAGAAAAUAACCUUAAGCUUUUAACAGCUGAAUUUUAAAACCUGUUGAAUUUGGAAAUAAGCAUACAAGUUGUUGAUCACUUUGGUUGAGCUGAGAAAGCCCGGAAGACAGUUGAUUUGAGAUUUUCGGCAUCCUUCUGCAUACUAAUUCUGACUUUGCUUCACAUCUAUUUCUUGGAGGGUAUGCUGCUUCUUUCUCUCUCUUUGAAUGGUACACUUGAGAUUGAUUUUAUGAUGUGAGUGAAACUUCAAACGAGUAUAUUCUUUGAAUAUGGAAGAGCUUUCACUUCCAUGCAAUUUGGAUGGUUUGAAUUGGUAAUGUCUUGGUUAACCAUGUCAGAGAUUGACAGUUUUUGUGUAUUGUAAGUACUGUUUCCCUGGUUUUCACAUACGAACCAAUCUCUUAUGUUUGGUUGA